AUGCUACCCAAAGCUCGUGUUGUGUACUGUAGAGCAACUGGUGUGACAGAUGUAAAAAAUAUGGUAGGUGUAGAGUGAAGUAUUAUUUUUAUAUCAUUGACAAUAGCGUGAUUUUGACUGAGUGUCAGGAAACAGCAUGUUACUAUUAAAAGGUAUCCAACUAGUUUUUCGCAAACAGUGCACUAAGUAAAGUUGGCAUGUACCUUUUAAAAGUACGCUGUACGCAGUUAGCAUCUUAUAUUAUGCCACUGUACAAUGUUAAAACUUUAAAGUGAAACUUGAUCUUGCGACUUGAUCUUGUACCUGGGAACAAAGAUUUUUUAAGGCGAAAUACCGUCGGUUGCAUCUGAGCGUGGACACGAGACAAAAAAAAACUUGUUCUAAUAGAGCGCCAGACAUGACGUGUUUUGCCGCCAAACAUCUGAAGUUUGACAGCCGUUAAAGCAAACUGUCAAGCCAAAGGUAAGUUUGUAGCCAAUCAGAACAUGUUUUUUCCUCACGUGUACACCCUUAGAUGCAGCCGACGUUAAUUAUAUGAUCAUCGGGAUGAGUGUACUGAACAGGACUGUUGUUGACAGUGAUUGACGUUUUGACAGGUCUUCAGGCCCUAUCCACAUGUAUCCGGAUAGUUUUGAAAAUGAAGACUUUCUUCUCCAUUCUUGCGUCCAUCCACACAUAAACGGCCUUUUCAAAAACAGACCCAUAGUGAAGAUUUUUUAAAACGCUGGCUUCUCGUUUAAAGUGGGCGGUCGAAAACGGAGAUUUGUAAACACGAUUAUGCCAUGCACCAUAUACUACUAGCUACUAGCAUUACGCAUGCUCUAUAAGGGCUGCUAUCGUCUUUCCAUCGUUUUAGGGUUUUCAUGUGGACAGGCGAAAACGAUUCAAAUACGAUUCAUGUAGACGCCUAUUUUUUUUUUGGAAAAUCGAGAAAAAAAUCCCCAUUUUCGAAAAUAUCCGGAUACGUGUGGACAGGGUGUCAGGGUCAAAGUCAGUUGUAUCACCUCAGUUGAUGGUAUUAAACUGUGGUUUAAGGUACAUGAUUUCUAGGUACUCAGUAGAACAGCACAAAGACUCUUGUUGCAUGAAGUUUUUAAACCCUACAAUAAUUGCUGAGAGAUUACUACCGACGGCAACCAUGUCUAGAAGCCUUAGGUUUCUGACAAUGUUCCCAUUCAGUCCAAUGGUCAAUCAAUAUAGUACACUGAUACAGUGAUUUGAUUAUUUCCAGGCAUUUAUGGAGAGACUUGGUUUAUGGGGAGAUGGAACAGCAUUUAAAUCGUUUGAUUCUUUUCUAGCCAGCAUAACUAAGAGAGGUCUUGGUAAGUGGCAUAGUUUUCAGCCUAGACUACGAGCAUUCUCUCUUUUUUCUUAGUCCGUCGAGCAAAACGCGCGAGACGCGCAACAUGACCACGCGCAACGCUCUCUCGCGCGCGUGCACUCCCCUCACUAAAUCUGAAGAAAAAGAGAGGCUGGUCGUAGUCUAUUUUCAGCCCCAAUGAUCCACAUACAAAUUCUCCCGACUGAUCCCCCUACCUUUCCUUAAAGAAUUAGUGAAGAGAUUUUAAUGAUUAUUUUAUGAAUUCUCUAAACUUUUUCUUGUAAUGAUGUAUGGAUAUUUUUAGGAGAAAAUUGAUGUUAAUCACGUUUGGUACGCAAUAGGAUAAAGGGGUUAUAUCAAGAUGACUUCCAUAUUCUUGUCAAAGUUGAGCUGAAAUUGUAACUAAAUAUUUUCAGUCACCUUUUUUCAAACUUGGAACUCUAAAAAGAAAGCUAUCAAAUGAUUCGAUCUAAGCCAAGGGGAAGUAAUGCAUGUUCGUUUCUGGUCAUUUUUCGAAGAACUCCUGCCUGCCGUACAAUGCUUAGCUGUGAUAAGAGUGUUAAAGAUCUUAAGGUGCAGCGCGUCCUUGUACCGGCUCUGGUAAAUUACUCGAAACCUUAGCCUAAUUUAUGGGUAGACCACCUGUACUAUAACCGUUGAGAGACGGCUAGCUAGGCUAGUGGCUAGAACGGUGAUGCGCCAUGGCGAUGCUAUUACCACGUUUCGGAAAUCAUGGUCGUUUUUUUAUAUAGCCUGUCCCAGGCUUUGAAAUAGUAGAGUGUGGUGCGAAGUUAGAGAACGGGAAGAAAAAAAAAAGACAAAGAGGGAGAGAGAGGAAGGAAUUUCGCCCUCACUCCCUACCCCACUCCUCGCUGUUUUUUCUGCGCACAUCUCCUUGCAUCGUCCUCACAAUCUGAACUCCUGGAACAGGAGCUUACACUUCUCCAUCGGCAGAAACGAUGUAUCUCAAGGUCACUAAUAUUUAAAAUCUUUCCAGGUGCUUCUGAAAUGUUAGCUAUAGAAAUGAAGGCAUCAGGGAUGUACGUUUCUAGAGGUCUUAGUUUCAGACAGGCUGAGGUAAUGCAUUAUUUUAGAAAUGGCAUCGUAAUUUUCUGUUGUAAGCAGAAGUUUUCCUAUCAUACUGAAAUAUAAGGCUUUUUUGCAGUGCUUAUUACUUCACUUCUGUUCCUUUUUUGUUAACAAACUUUGAUAAUGCUUUUUUGUCGCAUUUCUGCAGUUUGUUAAUGUUGAGGCGACACUGACUGCGGAACAGAGAAAGGUUUAUGACACUGCAGUUCACGUUUGGUACGUAUGGCAAUGUAAAAAGGUUAAAUCUUCGUAUUAACUGCUUUAAGUAGACCACAACUUAAGAUGGAAUCAUUCAGUGGUUUCUUGUACCAGGGCUCCGGGAUUAACUUAUGCGAUUUCGUAGAAAUUGCACUCAAAACUUGUGCGUUUGUUUGAGUCAAAGCAAAAGCAAAACAACAAUCACAGUCGGUAUUCUAAGAAUUAACGGUUGUGUGUAUGUUUCACAAUCAUAGUGUGAAUAUGUUUCAGCUUUUUUCCUUUUCUCUUUAAAGGAGCGAGUUAAAGAAGUCAUUAGAAUUUGCCAUUGGUCGCACCACCCCUUCUACGAGGGUCGUACAGGGGUAUUCCCGUGAUGCGUGAUUGGCUGAUUUUAUUUUCCGUGAAACGUGAAUUUAAUAAUUUAUUCUUCGUGAUCCGUGAUCUGAAGGUUUUGCGUGACCCGUGAAGAACUUGAAUUUUUAACCGAUAUUCGUGAUUUCACCACUCUGUUUGGCGUGAUUUUGAGAUGCGAGUGCAUGUGACAAGUAACAGACUUCGCUUUAAUUAAAGUAAUCCAUUCUGCAAAUUCACGUGCUUUACAUGCCUAUCAUGACUAUCAUGCCUAUUAUGGAUCAGAUGUCUAUUCCUAUGCCUAUGGUCUCCUAUGCCACUGGAUCUGGAGGUCAAAGGACAGUGAUCCAAAACAUCGAAACAUCCGAGACAUGGAGACCACCAUGUUCAAGGCCGGAACAUUGCCGUUAAACAUGUACAGAACAUCAGACUAUCCUAAAGAUAAAGUCUCAUUCAGCCCUAACACUGUCGAAGAGGAAACUGUUACUUCUGCUACGACUGUUACGCCUUCUACAUCGCACGACGCCAUUGAAGAUGUUCAAGUAGUAGAGGAAGCCGAGGUAGAAGAGGAGGAAGAGUAUGACACUGACUCAGACGCUGAAUAUCCUAUUGCUGACAAUUACGAGGUAGAUUCUCUAGACGAUUUGUUGUUUCUUCGGGCAGUUACAACGCGAAGUGGACGAAUGGUCAGAGUCGUCCAUCGAGAGUGAUUUAGGUAUGUGAUUUCCGAUAAGCAGCCUUUACUUGGCGUUUAACGAUUUUGCUUUCUUCAAACACUCUUUCUACCGUAAGAGGUUAUUAAAACGAGUACCUUUCUUGUUUAUUUUCGUGAUUCGGGAAAAUGAAAUUUUGAUAGCCGAGAUCCGUGAUUCGCUGUUUUUUCUGUUCGUGAACCGUGCGAGAGACCCCCCCUGUACGACCCUCUUCUACACCAAGGGUGUGGUCAGUCUUUUGGUCCUGUCAUCAGCGGUUCUUCAAACAGCUCUGGUGAGUAUUUAAUCCCGUCUCUGGUCCUUUAGGGGCGGAUAUUACAACAAAGUUUAAACGUUAUUUAACAAAAACCGUUCUAACGCUCAUACCUUGUCAUCGUUUGCUGUUCACAUCAACAAGAAGGCGACAGCCUAAAUUAGAAAACCAUUUAUCUACUUAAAAUCAAUACCCUACAAACGAAUAAGGAGGCGCUCUGAUUUUUAGACCUCGUUUAAAUAGUCGACCUUAAGUUUCACCUUAACAUUUUUGCCUUCUUAUUUCCAGUAAUGUUGUCCUUGAUGCUAGUUCAUCGGCCUAUUUAAAGUUAUACGUAAGACUAAAUCGGUAUCGUCUCCAAUGGUACUGUGGUACUGUUUGCAGACGCUAUCGCCUUUUUAUUGGAUAUUACGAGGUUACGAGGGAAACUGGAUCAAAAUUCAUCCCCAAAACAGUCCCAUAGUGCAGUUCGACUCAACACCGACCCAUGUCCAAGCGAGGUUCAGUAAAAAACCUAAAAAAAAAUAAAUGAAUUUCAUUUGUAUAAGAAUUAAAAAAAAUCAUUUUCAUAUCAAUGGCUUCGCACUUAGCCUCUCUUUGAAAUAGAGGCUUGAGGCAACUCGGAAAUGGCUAUAUUCGUGGGCCGCUUGGGAGCUCUUGGAACAGCUACCAGGAUUGCGUGAGAAAUUAAUGAAAAAGCAACGGAAACAAACCGUAACCCUGAAAUAGUAGAGCUACGUACCUGGUAGAGCGAAUGAAAUUAUAGUUUUUGAACGGCUUCGUGACAGUGGCAAUGUAACGUAAUCCAAGACAGUCUUUGAUUCUGGAUUGCACGCUGUGGAUUCCGGAUUUGUUAUCACUGGAACUUGGAUUUGGGAUUUCCAAUCGUUAGCGGGAUUACGGAUUCCAAAGUCCAGGAUUCCGGUUAUCACAUGAAAAUUUUUCCUGGAUUCCGAAAUCCGGAUUACCUGAUCCUGGGCGGAUCAUUAUACGUUUCUGGGAAACUGCCCACCUACUCCUCCCUUAGGCUAACAUUUUGCCCUAAGUGAGAAGUAAGUGUUGAUGUUGGCUUAGGGGAGGGGUAUGUGGGUAGUUUCCCAGAAACGUAUAAUGAUCACAUGGGACAAUUUUGCCAGUAUCAUGUUCAACUUUAAAGCGCCAGCAGGCAUUUUUACUUUGUAACCUUGCUUAUAUUGGGUCUGAUAACAGAUAAGAUGUAUAUGAAUAUUUUUACAGCAUGAGUAUGAAAGUUCCUACCAUAGUGGAAGAAGCCCAGCAAGCAUUGCAGGCAGGAUAUUGUGUGGUCAUUGGUCUCCAGUCCACUGGAGAGGUUUGUUUUCUCUUUCUCUCCAAUUUUUUUUCGUAUCCACUCAAAAAAAGGUUACAGUUUCUGAUAACAUAAAAUUUUUUUUAUUUCAAGGUCAGCCAGUGUUUAAAAAGUAAUGUUUGAGACACUGAGAACUUCUUGCAAAGUUAGUAGAAAGUACGUACCAAAUAAUUGUUCGCCCCUCACACUGUAUAGAGAGUUUCACAUAACAUUGUAGGUUCUAUUAGUGGAUGCACUUGAUGCAAGGCUAUCGCUGCAAGUAUUUUAUGACCCUUAAGGACGUAUGUACGGUCUACGCAGUAUUUAUGUUUGACAAAACAAAAAAAAAUGGUUGGAUUCUAUCGAGAACGCACAAUUCGUCUAUAAAGAAUUCCUGCAAAUUGCUGGAUUUGGCCGCUGGAUGUAUAAUGGCCAUCGUAUUUUCCCUGCAAUAAUGUUAUUUCGUUGGUCCAGCAAUUCACCUGUCAAGGCGGAUUUUGUUCAUCUGGAAAGUGAUAGGCUACAGCAAGACUAUCAAUUUUGUCCAGAAGGCAUGAUCGACCACAGGUCACUAGAUUUCGUAGGACAUGGGCCAUUUUUGAUAAUUUUACUCAGGUAUUGUUCAAUGACCGACGGUUAUUUACUUACUACUUAUUAACCAAGAGUGGGGUCGUUACAGGGAAGUCUCAGACCAAGGCCUUGAUUUAUUGACCGAGCCAUAGCACAACAGAACCAUUUUUAAAAUACUUUUUAAACUUAGAUAAUAUUAUAUGUCCCUUCGAAUUCAACUCCAGAAAAAUUCACCAACAUUUGACAAAUGCAACGACAUGGAAUAACAGCGAGGAAUUUUGAAACAGCAUGAAUUCCCUUUUUAGGAGACGUUUUUGUUACUGUUGUUGUCGUCGUUGCUUAAACUCCCCAAUGAUCAUGAGAAAGUAGUUGCUUGAAUAGAGUUUGGCUUAAGUCAUUGUUUUAUUUGUCAGGCAAGUUUGGAAAGUGAAAUAUCGCGUUGUGGUGGAGUACUGAAUGGCUUUGUCUCAAGUACAGAAGAAAUCAUUAGCAGGUUUAUCAAGCAGUAUUUUCCAACUCAGAUAAUCAAAUCGGUGAGUAAUUCUGAAAACCCUGCUUAGCUGGUGAGAUUUAACUCACGCGAGUGCUUAAUUUCACGAGCGCUUUUGUUCUGGCUUUGAAGAUCAGAGAUGAUUGAUGAUAAGUCAAAUUGACACCUCUCUUUCAGGUCCGUUCACUAAGAUUUUAAGUUGCCAGGUAUAAUUUUUAUGCAAAGUUUUGACGGGGAUUUUUACAUCUGGGAAGUUCUUUAUGUUCAUUUUUCCUUCUAUUUCCUUGUAUUUCCUAUUUCCCAGGGGAAAUUCCCCGUCCUGGACCCUUAAUUACAACCCUGCUCUUUCCCCUUGCGACUUCAGCGCCGCUGAAAAGCACUCCUGCGCUCUGAUUCCACCAGCUUUGCAGGCUAAUCUCAAGGAUGGUACAUCACACAACGAAUGGAUAAUUUUGAAAAUCCACUCUAUACUCAACAUUACUUAAUACACUUUCUGUAACCUGCAAAGCAGGCGUAUUUUGUAGGGUGACUGUUCUCCCGCCAUCUGGGAUAUUGAAACUGACAGAGAGUUCAGUCACCUGUUCAGUUGGCGUCAGUGAAAAAAUGAUUAAAGAUGGCGGACGCGAUCAAUAUACAUUUGUACCUCUAGGCUUAAGUUAAAAAAAUGUUUGCUCUACAGGCCACACUUUCUGCGUUCCACAUUUCAAAGAUUUGAUGGUACUUCUCCUGUUAUGGUUCAUAAGCCACGGAACUUUCCCGGCCUUAUUUUUGUUUCGGGUAAUGUGAAGUUAAGUAAUUUUUUUUUUAAAAAAAGAGAGAAAUCAAGGCUAUUAUGUUCUUUGUGUAGAAUGGCGAUGUUGUUGAAGAUCAGUGGAGUGUUCAGGCUAAAAAUCUUCUACAAGGUUUUGUCAAGAAAAUUAAUCUCCCAAUCAGGUUUGUAUCAAUGUUAUAUUCUUUAAAACCCUUUUAAAGAGCCUGUCUCACUAGGAUGAGCUUUUGCUGUUUUAGGUCAAUGCUGUGCAAGAGUCCCUACUUAGCACCUUAACCUAAAUACAAAAUGCUCCUGAGGAAUUACACGGAAAAUAGCAAACAAAUUUUUAAUCAUGGAGCACUAACCACUAUUUUUUUUGUUGAUUGUUACAGGCAUAGUAUUAAAACUUGAACAAUUUGGUAGAACGUUUUCAAGUUUAAAUCCAUGUCCAUUCUUGCCAUCCGUUGCAACAGACGACAGAAAUCAGUUUCAGUGCUUAAAAAUAUUCUUAAAUAACAAAUUUGCCGCAUUAUUUUUGGGAUUAAUCCUGGGUGGGGAUGGAAAGGAUCCUGUUAUGGACACUGUCUCACUCCACCCAGGUGUAUAAAUUUGGGUACCAAAAGAUUUAAUCCUGGGUGGAGGUGGGAGGGAUCCUGUUAUUGACUACUAUCCCGUCCAAGGAGGAGCAAAAAUAUUCCUAGUCGCUUCAUGCUAUGGAGAUCGGAAUGUGCUACGGCCAAAUGGGCUACCUGGCUCGAACGGAGACUUUACCCUCGUACCUUUGUGACUUAUUUUUGUCUCUAGUCCUCUUGAUGACCUUAUAAACCAGCUCGGAGGACCAGGAAAAGUAGCAGAAAUGACAGGCAGGCGUGGUCGCGUGGUAAAAACUGACAAGCAGCCUCGACCUCAUUACGAGGCUCGAGAAUCAGACAGCAGCAAUGUGGAUAGUUUGAAUAUUCAAGAGGUGAGCAAAGUAAUCAGAACUAAAUCUUGCGCUGUGUUCCGAAUGAAAUGGUAGAAAAUGCGAUUUACAGUCGGUCAUUAGAGUCAUCAGCACAGACGUCAUCCUCGGCCAAGACCCUGGAGCAGGCAGCCAGGUCGAAAACUUUCGUCGCACGACUCGUCGCACCGUUUCUACCGACCUGACUUACUGCCCCUGGGUCUCCGAGGAUGAACUCUGCGAUUGUCCCUUACAUUUAAAAACAGGAACGUCGUUUCAGCGCGAAAAGGACAGCCUAGUUCUUGCUUUUGUUACUUGUUCCUGGGAUUAACUUUACUAGUGUAGUCCAACCUUAAAUUCUUACUCUAAAUCUGAAUAAGACUCUUAUGUAUGCCGUAAAUUCAGGCAGCAAUCCGGUUUUGGAUCUUCGUUUCAUUCCCCAGUAUUUUUCGCUUUCGCUAUGACAACUAAGUCCGCAUAAAGCAAUUGCUUGAAGCUCAAGGAUUGUCUCUUUAAUACCACAAUUUUAAGAGGGUUGUUCGAGUAUAACUGAACAUUAAACGUUGUUUUUUCGAUUGCAUUGUAUCACAGAGGAACAGUUUUAUGAAUGGAACAAAACUUGUUGCAAUUAUAUCUGAUACUGCCAGCACUGGUAAGUUCCCUUUGCAUCUUAGUUCUUUUCAGGGUUCGUACAGAGUCUUGAAUUCUUGAAAUUUACCCAGCAAUUUUCCAGACGUGAAAAAAGUCUUGAAAGUUGAGGUAAAGUCUGGAAAAUUAUUUACAAGUCUGGAGUUUUUUUUUUUUUUUUUCAAAGCUACAACAAGUGCUUCAUAAGUGAAUUUUUUCCCGGUGGUCAAAUCUUAUUCAAUCUCGCCCGCAUUGAAGACAUGUAAUCACAGAAUGAGAAGUUUUAAAAUGUCCGCAUUGCACCGUGGUUACCGUACGUUUGCAGUGCGUCAUGAAAAAAGCUUGGUUCCUGCGUUUUUCAAGGUCUCUAUUGAUCACCCAGUUGUUUUCCUUGUGUCUGGAAAAAAAAGUAUAUUGUUUUAGAAAAAGUCUGGAAAAAGUCGUAAAUUUUGGAUCCAAGAAUCUGUACGAACCCUGUCUGUUGAAGUUACUUAGAUAAAACCUUGCACUUUUUAAAUUCUUUUGAUACUUGAAAAUUGAGGGCAACCUUUGGUUAUUUUCACGCAAAGAAUCGCUGGCUCAAUGCCUGCUAGCGUUCAAUUGUGUUGCCAUUGCUUGGAAUUUCGUGCAGAAACUCGAACUUUAGACUGAUGUUUCUCGACUUGAAAUUUUACUCAAGCAGGAAUUAAAAGAGUUUUCCUCGGGUAAAAGGAAGCGCAAUAAAUACCGUCUAUAAGUGACAAGACAAGACAAGAUAAUAUUUUACUUGGGGUCUUAUACCACCUGGUACAUCGACUGCUUUCCAAAUAAUAUAAAUUACAACCUUCUAUGUGAUAUCAUUUGUAAGACUCGUUGAAUUAUAUCUAAUUAUCCUGUACAGGUAUCUCGUUACACGCGGAUCUCCGAGCAGCCAAUCAGUGCCGCCGUGUUCACGUGACCAUUGAGCUGCCAUGGAGUGCUGACAAAGCUGUUCAGCAACUGGGAAGAUCACACCGGUCAAACCAGACAAGGUACGUGUACUGCCAAAACAUAAACAUUGCUGUCCCUUUGAUAAGCUGUUACCUGGGCAAGAAGCUAGAGUUACUCGAGGCGUACACUUCUUUCGUGCUUAGAAACCGCCCGCGUGUAUACAUAACUCCAUGGUUUCAUGCUGCACGUUUACCAUUUUUUAAGUCAGAGAGGAGAUAUCACGUGAUAAUGUUCACCGUCUAAUUGGCGCGCUUGGGAGCUCCGCUUUUUGUUCUAAAUUUGACUUUGUGUUAAUAUCCGGCCCUGAGAGUUUUACUCUAAUGUUUUCUUUGUUUUUUUUUUAGUGGACCAAUCUACAAACUUGGGCGGUGAAAGAAGAUUUGCUGCGGCUGUGGCUCGACGGCUUCAGUCGUUAGGUAAUGUUUAAAUGUUUGCAGACGCGGAAAAUCGUGAACAUCAGACGUAUUCUGAAUUAGUAAAAUCCAACUAGUGGUCUAUUAUCAAUGCUGCGUUCUGAUUGGUUGAGCUACUACGAGGCUAUAUAUUAUAGCCCACUAGUAGCGAAAAGCGCCGGCUUUGAAAACCAAAACAGUGGUGGCUGAAUCUCGUUUUGCUAGCUAAAGUUGUUUUUUCUCGAUAUUUUUGACCAACUAGUUGGAUUUUACUAAAACAAUUAUUCCUCUCGCCCUCAUCGCCUCUGAGUCAAUAGCCCAUUCGGCCGAAUAGCCCAUGACUCAGAGGCCAUGAGGGCGAGAGGAAUAAUUGUUAAUUAUUCUCACGGAGUUCCAAAGAAAAGUACUCGCAAUAAGAGUAGAACCUUUUACCGUCUGGUUACUAGUCCAGAUGCAGUACCACUAAGAUAUUCUGCACUUUCCAGAAGUUAAUAGAAAAACAAGAAACAACAUAAGCAACAAAUCAUGGAGAAUAUUGGAUAUGGCCUGGGUGUAACGCCAUAACCCACUUUAAUUAUACCCAAAAGAUAAAACACCACAGCAAAUGAAAUAAAACUAAAAGCUACAUGUAAGUGUGCCAGGGUGGCCAGAAAAAACCUGUCCCAAAAAACCCCGUACGGAAAGAAGCACAGGAAAUCUGGGGCGGGCCAGGCGCAACUUACGUCCCCCACCAGGACUCUAAACAAAUUACUCAGAACUGCAAUAGACCAAAGCAGAACUUCUAAUAUAUAAAACCAUUACACGUGUACAGUGGAAAAUAUACUAAAACUUGUAUACACCUGGACUGUAAGGACUUAGAUAAGGCUAGGCGCUAACAAUUACACGCAAACUCUGGAAAAUAUACCGAGAUAUAUCAAUAUCUCUAAAUCAAAUUACUCAGAACUGCAAUAGACAAAAGCAGAACUUCUAAUAUAUAAAAGCAUUACACGUGUAGACUGGAAAAUAUACUAAAACUUGUAUACACCUGGACUGAAAGUGACUUAGAUAAGGCUAAGCGCUAACAAUUACACGCAAAUUUUGGAAAAUAUACUGAAAUAUAUCUAUAUCUCUAAAUCAAAUUACUCAGAACUGCAAUAGAAAAAAGCAGAACUUCUAAUAUAUAAAACCAUUACACGUGUAGACUGGAAAAUAUACUAAAACUUGCAUACACCUGGACUGAAAGUGACUUGGAUAAGGCUAAGCGCUAACAAUUACACGCAAAUUUUGGAAAAUGUACUGAAAUACAUCUAUAUCUCUAUGAAAUGCGCCUGGACUGAAAGUGACCUACGUUGUAGAUACGGAGAGCUCGUUAAGACCAUGCUGAAAAUGCCUAUGCAGGCUUAGUGGGGCGGCACCUCCAACCGGCGUGGAUAUCCGACAAAUCACCAGCUGUUCUCCUACAAGUUGGAUUGGGCGCCGCGUCAGACUCGCGCUCACUUGUGGGUGCGGUACUUACUUAGAAACAUCACCAACUAAUGACUUAAUAUGCCUCUUAAACACCUCUCCCAAAUAACGUGAAUAAAGAAACACUUGCACUAGAAUGAAAGUAUAACAUACCGUACUCCUAAGAUUGAGCAUGGACAAUUAUACGAACUAGUGGAAAAGCAGAGCAGGUUUAAGGCGAGAACUUAAUAAAACACUAGGUCUCAGCUACGGGACAAGGCCUCAGAGUUCAAAAUAGAUCUACUUCGCGCUUGCAUGGACACAUAAAUCGACAUAAAACUAUUACAUGUAUAUAUUUUAGAUAGAAAACAUCGCGAUUUAGAGGCAAAAUCUGCAGCAAUCGCCUGACAAAACUAACAGAAAGCAGCUACUUAGGCUGAACUGGGUGCGCAAGCCUAGCUUCUUUUGGCGUCUUCUAAUUUAAAAGUAAACUUAAGCAAGGCGUGGCUAACAGAACAAACUUAAAUACCAGCCACUGCAUGGCCCCGAUUUAUACUGUAAACAGCAGAUUCUAAAUAAGAUGCGCCAGUGUUAUCCACAGAAUGCUGGUAAGCACUUGUUUCCAUAUCUCAAACCGCCCUCUCCCUUUUCACUUACACUUACAUGAAAUUUCUAAGUUUCUUGACUCAGAGACUUAGUUUCUGCUCAACAAAUGUCGUCAAAGUGCAAGUCUCUUCAAUUUUAAAGGAAAAAAAAAAUUCGAUAUUCGAGCAGGAGACGAUCCCGGAGUGCUAAAUCUAACCACUAGACCACCGAAGAUUCGCUGCAGGAGAUUGGAGUAAUUUAGCUACUGUAGCAAAAACCCUAACCCUCAAAAGAAGCUAACCGUUAAUCCUAAUCACUAUUCUAAGUGCUUAACCCUAAUCAGUAUGGUCAGUGCUUAACCCUAAUCAGUAUUGUUAGUGCUUAACCGUGAUCACUAUAGUCAGAGCUCACUCAUAUAUGUAUACAUAUAUGCAAUUACUUUGUGUAGGCAUCACAAGGUAUCCAAGGGCGGUUUGAGAUAUGGAAACUAGCAUUUACCCAGAAUGCUAAGCUAACUUAGAUAGAUACAAUGAGACAUGCAAAGGUUUUUCGAAUAGCAGAAACACCAGCCUUCGAUAAAGCCCACUCACGCCACCACAAUAAGCCAGACUCGUAUCUUCAAGACUGAAGAUGGAACGUUAGCAUCCAACUGCAAACCAGUCAGGCCUGGAACUGUAUCCCUCAGCGAAGAAUCAGUCAGCUCACAUGCCGCACAAAUGGGCCAAACCGGGCAUACAAGGCCAAAUCUGGCUCAAAUCAGGCCACCACUACCAGACACACUGGAAAGAAAAUCCAGUUAUCCUUUCCACUCCAGUCUCGGACAAAGGCAUCGGACACACCUACAACGAGGAGAAGCAAACUAGGGGUCAAAACGCGGAAGCUGAACGUUCUAUAAUAGGAUGUGAAACGGUUAAGAUUCGUGCGAGGACCCCAUUUGGCUUCAACGACUCGAAACACAGGGAUUAACUGUCGAAUCAUUCUCGUCAAUGAAACGGCGCAAAGAUCAGCCUUCCCGGUGAGCGAUCUAGGAAUCCACUGCGCUUCAAGGCAAUACCAUGCGAAAGCAAACAUGAAAAACGCUUAGAGCCACCGACUGUAUGGACCUUAAAGACACGAAAGAAAAGUACUCUGGCAGCACUCUGGUUGUCAGAGAAAAUUUUCACCCUCUUGUGCUUCAACCGCUCUACAAAAGAAAGCAAAACACAAUAAAGUAUUAAAUAGCUAUCAAAUUCGCAAAAAAUAGAACUUUGACCCAAAUAAUCGAUUGUGAACAUAACGCUAGCCACAGGGCGGAAAAGCCGCGAAAUGAAGUGUCGCUUGCGCCGGGAAAUACAACUGUGGAAAAAUUGGGGGAGAAGGGAGGUGCCAAAUGGAGUUACCGUUUAAAGAGUCAAUGUCACAAAAACGAAAACUUCAACUCCAUCAGCCGCGGGGGAGUGAAGCGAGAAAGGUGAUCCUAAGCCGAUGAAGACUCCAUAGCUACCUUCGUCUGGCUUGUACGAAGAGGGGAAUGGGCUCCACCGCUAAGGCAACAGAAAUAAUGGAACCAGCCAUCCCAGCUGAUUUGCGAUAGAAAGAUGACUCAUUUUGAAUUGCAGAAUUCGGCCAAAGCCGCUUCACUAGCUGAAAACUUGCUUCUCGGGAAUCUAAAACGCAAAACAAAUGGUGCAGACCGCAAACCCGAGCCACUCGCUCACUAGUAUUGGGACCCGUUGGGAUUUCUCCUUACCAAUAAGGAAACGGGAAGAAUAAGCCCCUUGCGCUCAAUAAAAGCUAGACCGGGCAGCGGAGGUCCUCUUAGAUGACUACCAAAUGCGUCAUCGAGAUAAACAAAAAACUUCAGACCCAUAGAAAGCCAGUAAAACAAAAACAAACGCUUAACUAGACCAAAGACUAAAAUCGAGAAAGCGAAAUACCAAAGCACACGUUGAAGGGCCAAGGAAAACCUAUAUACUUCUGGUGAUCUAAGGAAAUGUCAAUCCAGAUUAUAGGUCCCACUCAUAGUCUCGGUGCCCCUCUUUAAGAACCUGCGAUAAGGUGCGAAAAAUUCUCGUACUCAACCUUAAAUCGAACGAGGUAGCAAAUAACGUGACUGCAUAAGAUCGAUGACGACUGCAACCUUCAGAAUGGAGGCUCACCAGGCUCGAUAAUACAGCCAUUGGCUAAAAACUCGGAAGUGGGCAAUGGUAGCAACAGUGAACUGAGGUGCUUCUAGGCUUGACUCACAAAGACUGAAGGAGGACCUAAAGCGACCUUAAAUAACUCCUAAACAGAUAUCCCCAGGGAAAAUUCUUCGGAAACACUAAAUUAAAUCAAAUCACACUCAUCUGAAGAUUGACAAAUGAAUAUUUCCUUCACCUAUAUUGUAGCCAGUCACUGCGAGGAUUGGUCUUUGAAAUGAAGAAACAGACGUGAGCAAAAGCCGAACUUCAAUCACUAAAAAACAAAACAAACAAUUUUUUCAAUAAGCUGAGCAAUUCAAAACAAUAAAAAGAAAUCAGACUGUGGGUUGUUAGGCGUUCACAGACCCGAAGGACGAAUACGAAUGAACAAGACACUUAUAUAACUGUACGCAAAAUACUUAACACCAAAAAUACCGAAACACAAACAGACAAGAUUAUACACGUAAUUAACCAUUAUAAGAACGUGCAGAAAACAAACAUCUGCUAAACUGCGUACCGCAGAUAUUUUUGCAUUCUGCUUGGACUAGUUCUAGACAUUCUAGCAGUAUAAUCAGUGUGAACAACCUGCAUGUAAUACUGCUAGAGUGUCUAGAACUAGUCCUAGCAGAAUGGCUAGAACAUUCUAGUCCUAGCAUUAUGCAAGAUGUUUGUCACGUGAACCUAGUUUAGGGACCAGUCAUAAUUUAAGUUGGAGGGGGGUUGGAGGAGAAAUUGGGGGCCUUCAAUUUUUUGGAUGGAAUAUGGGGGCCUUAAAAUGCCAAAAGAUGACCUUGGGGGGUCUUCAAGUUUCUUUUAAGUAGCAUCCCUACUGAGCAGCAUGAUGUUUGAGUAUUAAAGGACCUGAUUUUGAUUCAGUUUUACACAAAGUCCUAUAUUGUGUAAUACUAAAACAAUUUAAUCAGCAUUUUUACAAAAAGAUUUAAUGCUCAAAUAGUAGGUGCAUCAACACAACAUCCAUUAUUGUUUAACACUGAAGCAAUUUCAUCGGCAUUUUAACAAAUGAUUACAUGCAUAAAGUCAUGUUAUGCAAUCUCACUAUCCGAAUCAUUAUUUGUAGAUGAGGUUGAUGCGGACUCACUGUCUGUGUCACCGUCAAGUUUUUCGCUAUUAGAGCAUGUACUGCUCAUAUAAAAAGCAGUAAGUUUUGGCUGAUUAUCUUCUUUCUUCCUUGAAGCGGUCGUGUCGGCCUCUCACCUUUCGAUGGCUUGUCUUAUCUCAAUUAUAACACAAUCACUGGUAUAUCCUUGCUCUAUAAGCUGUUUGAGAGGCUCUAAGUGAAAUCUCUUUCUCAGUUUAGUGUGAAGUGCUUCUCUGUUGUUAGUUGGCACAUUCGGAAGUGACAGUGAGUAAGAACGGUAAAGUAAAGAAAAUGUUAUUUGUUAUUACCAUUUGGGUAUUAUGCAUAAAAAAGGGGCCCUUAAAUCUUUUAACAUGAUUGAAGGGGGUACCUAAAAACAUGGGUGCUAUUAGUGGGGUCUGGAAAAAUUUGGAAUAAAAACAAUUUCUCCUCCUCCCCCUCCAACUUAAAUUAUGACUAGUCCCUUAGUGGCCUUAGCUCUCACGAGUCUCCUGUAGUACAGUGGUCCAGCAUCUGGACUAGUAACCAGAAGAAGGUAGGUUUUCUUUUGGUCUCCCAGCCAAGAACAUCAAUCCAUUCAACUAGACAGCCAUGACAGAGCGCCUUUAAGUUUUUGUUUUGUUUGCCCGCAGGUGCACUUACCAAAGGAGACAGACGAGCAGCGAUUGGGGUCGACUUAACGCAGUUUAAUUUUGACACGCCUUAUGGCCGAUCUGCACUCAGGAACAUGUACCAAGCCAUUACUUUGGUAUGUCAGAUAGCCUGUUUCAGGAUAAAAGAUAAUAGCGCAGUCCUACAGUAAAAAGUGAUGCGAAAAAAAUGCGUGGGGGCUGGGGACAGAGGGGGCGGUUGGGCAGUCUCUCCCUUUUUUCCCGCCACUGCCCUUCUCCAGAUCGCGCGCGUGUUAUUUUCGCGACGUCUCUACUAUCUGACAGCCUGGCACAAGCUAUACCGUAAGCCCACCCAAAUCCCCUUAUAAAGAUAUAUACGCUCAGGACUUUAACGUGAGAUUUUACGGUACCGGUAUGCCGGAAGUGGUCAUGAAUUAGAACUAUGUGUGCUUGUUGCUUGUGUCAUCUACGAGAAAAUGUUUUUAUUUGAACGAGGAACUUUUUUUUUUUUUUUUUUCAGCAAUCCAUUUGUCCUGGAGUUGCUUUGUCUAAGGUUCUGUUAGCAGCACAAAUUCCCGAAGCAUGAAUUCACAGAGUUUAACUCCAUCGCAAAAUUGAGUUUUACGUCGUUGGUCGCGAACGUGGUUAAAAUUCUUGUUUAAUUUCUCUCCUUAAAAGUGGAUUUGGAAACAAAAGCUAUGACGUCAGAGACAAUUUGAUAUGGCAGUUAGGCAGCGAUAUUGCUUCAUAAAAAUUUUGGGCAGCACGUGGGGAAUGGAUAAAGGAAAAACGUCAUUUUGUAAUAACAUAUAACGCGAUCAGCAAAAAAUGACUUGUUAGGAAAAAAUUAGAGACCUUGAAUAAUGGCAACUCAAUACCCCAACAGCUGUUUUGUAACCACGAACAAUUUCUACAGCUUUAUGAAACCUUUGUGGAAACAGGAGAUACAUUAGUAGCCUGUUUAUAAUAAUAAUAAGCAUUUGGAAAAAUGUAAGCUCCUUGUUUGUCUUGUCCCAUCGCGUUUCUUGCUCCUCAGCAUGGCGUAUUUGUACCACGAGACUAAAGCACUACAAAGCGCCCAUUUCGUUCGGUAGUCUAGCCCGCGCCAUAGACGAAACUAAACUCUGGUUAAGUCUGUCUACAAAAAAGCGCCGAAAUCCUUGUUCUGGGCCCCACCUGUGUACCAGGAUUUGAGUACGCGCCAUGAUUGGCCUUUUAAAAGUGCCAUUGUCCAUUUGCCAAUCAGGUUGAAAAGAAAUUGGAAAUGCACUUCCGGCAAAACGCUGAUUCCGUUGUGGGCCCAGAACAAGGAUCUCGGCGCUGUUUCGCAGACAUUACCUGGAAUUGUCUCUCAAAAAUAUGAAAAAAUCAAAUCGGUAAGUUUAAAUUUACGCAACUCAGCAUAAAAGCGACUCUAGCGUAGGAGGAUUUGAAGAGUUUAGUCCAGCAUAGGGUAGAAAACUUCAGCUGCACUAGCUUUAGUAUAGGCUAAGGGUUACAGGGUCCCGGCGGCACAUCCCCACCCAAAAAUCAUAAAAGUACCCCCUCCCCGAAGGGUUAGAUCACAUCUGCAACGCAGGCUGUUGGUGAUCCAGUUUCACAUUAGUGGUGACUUAUGAAGAAAGUCUUUCUCGAAGGUCGUCCAUUACAUUUACCGAGGUGUCCAAAUGACUGAAUUACUCUCAAGUUUAACAAAGCCCUGUUUUCUUUCGUUUCACAGCAAUGUCUUCUGUCCAUGGGAGUAACAGACGCCAGUUUCGUGGUGAAAAGACAAAGACGCCAGCGAUGUGGGGAAAUUUCUCAACCG